AUGCCAUAUGGCAGGAAGAACCAGAACACCAAAAAUCCUCCAGUUAAUUAUGGUAAUGAUGCGAUUAGGCUCUUUGCUCUUAUAUGUGUGAUGCUACUCUUUGGCUCUGCAUUAACAAAUAGCAAAGCUGCUGCUGAUACCGAUCUACAACCCAUUUGUGAAUUGCUCAAUAGGAAAAGUUUCGUUGCUCUCGAACCAGGGUUCAUAUUUGGGACAGCCUCAGCAUCUUACCAGAUCAAUUAUGCCGGUGCUGUAAAAGAAGAUGGUAGAGGACCAAGCAUAUGGGAUAACUACACCCACAGCCAUCCAGCUACUAGUGGUCAUGCAAAAGAAUCAAGGAUGGCAGUAAUGGAGAUGUCGUUGUUGAUCAAUAUCACUGCUAUACAGGCUGCAUCAGGCGUUGAUGAGUUCAAUGAUCCCAAAUUACCACUUCAGCAAGCCCUUAAUGAUACCGAAAGAAUUGACUAUUACUACCAUCACCUUUGUUACCUUCACGCAUCCAUGAGAAAAGGUGCAAAGGUGAAAGGAUAUUUCGCAUGGUCAUUACUAGACAACUUUGAAUGGAAUGAUGGAUACACUGUUCGAUUUGGUAUCACCUAUGUGGAUUACAAUGAUGAUCUAAAAAGGCACCCCAAAACGCUCCGCGUACUGGUUCAAAAAUUUGCUCAACUUAACUCUAUUUCAGUCGAAAUAAGUUGCAGCAACUUGUUAUGA